AUGGGAUGUGAUUCUUUGCACUCUGGCUGCAAUCCCUUUGGGGAGUAUUUAGUGGCCAGUAAGAACCGAUUAAUCCCCAAAGCGUCUUGUUUCGCCUUCUGGAGUCGACACCGCCCAGUAGUUUUGGGGGGGAAUUUCGACCCAAAGGCUCCGAUGGUCUCCGAGCCGCGGCCUCCUUCCCAGCUGGGGCCGAUUCCGGCUCCUGCACAGAAGCUGCGCGCGGCAGCCCGCACAGACUCUUCCAGUAGGAGCGAGUCCGCCAACGCCAGUGUGGAGGACAUUCCAGAUACAGGGCAUAAAUACCAUCUUAAGUUUGAAGUGAAAGAAAGCAUUCAUAAUGGCAGCACCAUGAACUGCACAGCUGAUGUUCUCUAUUAUCACAGUGACACACAUGUCGCUCCUGAAGUACAUUAUACUAUGGAAGGGGAGUUUGAGACACAUUCAGAGGAACCAGACAGCACGUUCUACAACAGAAUUCAGAAUCUGCCAGAGCCAUUAGAGACCCAAAAUAUACCAGAUAAUUUUGGAUACAUGCCAGCAGAAAUGAAGCCUAUUUUCAACUUAGCCUACGUUGCCUCUGGAUAUGUAGUAUGGCAGAAUUCGACAGAAAACACUUGGUACAAUAUGAUUAAAAUUCAGAGUGUCAAACAAGUGAAAAGAAAUGAUGACUAUCUUGAAUUUUCCUAUGUAGUUUUAUUCCAUGAUAUUGUCUCCCAGGAAAUUAUUCCUUGGCACAUGCAAGUUCUAUGGCAUCCACAGCAUGGAGUAAAAGUAACACAGAAUAGUCAGCAGUCAAAGAGAUUUUAAUUAAUUCUUACAGGUUAUUAAACUAAUUGAUGAAAGCAUCUACACUUAGCGAGAAAAAAUACUAUUUAGAGGUUUUAGAAACCCUUCCGAUUCGGUAUACGAUCCAAGAACCUAAGCAAAUAUCCUCCAACCUUCGUUUGGUUAGUAAGCAUUUAAUUACUAGACUGAAC